AGGGUCAACAGUGAAUUUUAUCAAAGCAUGGAAAAGAUAAAUAUGUUUAUUAGUGAUGAUCCAGACUGGGUAUUCUGAAAAGCAUUAACCAAGCUUAAGUUGGCAAACUACAAAUCUAUUGAGAUCACUAUCAAUUCGUAUAAUGGAAAACGAAAAAAAGAAUUUACAAACAUCCUAAACAGACUCAUGCCAAACAAAUUCAAUACUUUAGAAGUUUCUUCUUAUUCACCCAGAGUAUGAAGCUUGAGUAGAAUUUUUAUUCCUUUGACAAAAGUUAUCACUGGAGGAGAAGAUACAUUAUCCUUGGAUAGCUUUAAAAUUUCUAAAAGACAACUUCAAAAAAUAAUGUAUCAUGCCAAGGACAUGAAAACUAUUUGAUUAGGAUACUGCAUUCUAGACACAGAAAACCUCACUUUGCCUUCUAUUGGGUCAUACAAGACUACUUAUUUGAGCUUUUGGGAUAGCGGAGAUUCUACUCGAUCUGAUUGGAUAAACAAUCCUGAUACACCACUAUAAAAUAUUGCAAAACUAGUUUAAAAUACUACAAAUGACAUCUAAAAUGAUCCCGAUUCAGUAUAAAAACAUCUUAUCCUAUUCAACUCUUACAGCAUAUCAAAAAUACAUUUUCCAAAAAUAUUUACACAAUUUACUUCAAUGAUUAUACUUGAAAUAGAUUCACUUCAAUCCUCACAGCAAUCUCUAAAUGCUCUUUAAUAAAUUCUUUGAAGAAGCUUGAAAUGAACUUCUCUCCAUUCAAACAAAAAGAGGAUAAAGAAAUAGUACAAAAUCUAGGAUUC